AUGGGGUACAGUGGAUAUUUAGGCCUGCUCUACAGUUUUGCUUUCUCUGCUCAGCUGUUACAUACCGUUAAUGGAGACGUAAGCUACUCGAUUCCCGAAGAAAUGAAACGUGGAUCUGUCAUUGGAAAUAUAGCUAAGGACCUCGGUCUGGAAAUGGGACAGUUAUCUGCUCGGAAGGCCCGGGUUGACAGCGAAUCAAACCGUAAACGGUAUUGUGACAUAAAUCUUAUCACCGGGGAUUUGAUUGUCGCUGAAAGAAUUGACAGAGAAUCACUUUGCGGAGAAAAGGUAUCUUGUAUCUUGAUUUUUGAGCUGAUUUUAGAGGGACCCUUGGAGUUGCACCGUAUUUCACUUCAAAUUCAAGAUAUCAAUGACAACGCUCCUGUUUUCACUAAAGAAGAAAUCAAGAUUGAAAUUAAUGAAUUGGCUGUUAAAGGAUCUCGCUUUCGCGUGAACGAGGCGCAUGAUACGGAUAUAGGGCCAAACGCUGUUCAAAACUAUGUAAUACAGAAAAAUAAUCACUUGGUACUGGAAAUUCAGUCAAAAUCAGAUGGAAGUAAAUUUGCUGAACUUGUGAUGUAUAAGGAAUUAGAUCGCGAAGAACAACAGGAGUUUAGAUUACUUCUAACUGCAUUAGACGGAGGCACACCUCAAAGAUCUGGCACUGCAGUCAUCCAUGUUAUUGUACUGGAUGCCAAUGAUAACGCUCCAGUGUUUAGCCAGAGUGUUUAUCAGACCGAUAUUCCUGAAAACUCUCCUCUUGAUACUGUGGUGCUUGCAGUGACUGCAACUGAUGCAGAUGAGGGUCUGAAUGGUGAAGUAACAUAUGAAUUAAUCCGCAUUUCAGAAACAGGUAGAAAAACAUUUAUGUUAAAUCCAACCACAGGUGAGAUCAAACUCAUAGGACCUUUGGAUUUCGAGGAAGAGUCAACAUAUGAAAUGCGUAUAGAGGCCAAAGAUGGAUAUGGCCUUACAUCAGAUUCCAAAGUCAUAAUUGAUAUCACAGAUGUAAACGACAACCCCCCUGUAAUAAACAUAAAAUCACUGACCAAGCCUAUACCAGAGAACAUGUCACCUGGUACAGAGGUGGGCAUUAUUAACGUGCAGGAUAGAGACUCUGAGAUUAACCGACAGGUCCGCUGCUCCAUUCAGCAAAACGUCCCUUUUAAGUUGGUACCUUCAAUCAAAAACUACUAUUCUCUGGUGACCACAGGCCACCUGGACCGUGAGCUGGUAUCUGAUUACAACAUUACAAUCACUGCUACAGACGAGGGCUCUCCUCCUCUUUCCUCCUCUAAAAUUGUUCAGUUGUCUGUAGGUGAUGUGAACGACAAUCCACCUGUGUUUGAGGAACAGUCCUACAGCACCUACGUGACUGAAAAUAACAAACCUGGCUCCACUUUAUGUUCUGUUACUGCUCGAGACCCAGACUGGAGACAAAACGGUACAGUGAUUUAUUCUCUUUUACCUGGUGAGGUGAACGGGGCCCCGGUGUCCUCCUAUCUCUCAGUUAACGGAGACAGUGGGGUGAUCCACGCUGUGAGGUCGUUUGAUUAUGAACAGUUCAGGAGCUUUAAAGUCCAGGUGAUGGCCAGAGACAACGGUUCUCCUCCACUCAGCAGCAACGUGACCGUCAGUGUCUUCAUAACGGAUGUGAAUGACAACUCUCCUCAGAUACUGUACCCCGCCCCGGAGGGUAGCUCGUUCAUGACCGAGCUGGUGCCCAGAGCUGCACACGGAGGCUCUCUGGUGUCCAAGGUGAUAGCUGUGGACGCGGACUCCGGCCAGAACGCCUGGCUGUCCUAUCAUAUAGUCAAAUCCACUGAUCCCGGACUUUUCACUAUUGGUGUCCACAGCGGAGAGAUCAGGACACAGCGGGACAUUUCUGAAUCUGACAGCAUGAAACAGAAUCUCAUUGUGGCAGUGAAAGAUAAUGGGAAGCCCUCUCUCUCUGCCACCUGCUCCAUGUAUUUACUUAUUUCUGACAACUUGGCUGAGGUUCCAGAACUGAAGGAUAUGUCUUUUGAUGAGAGCAGUUCCAAAGUGACCUCAUAUCUGAUCAUCGCGCUGGUGUCGGUCUCCACCUUUUUCCUGACCUUCAUUAUUAUCAUCCUGGGUUUGAGGUUUUGUCGCAGGAGAAAGCCCAGACUGUUGUUUGACGGGGCGGUCACCAUCCCCAGCGCUUAUCUCCCUCCCAAUUAUGCAGACGUUGACGGCACAGGAACUUUACGCAGCACCUAUAAUUAUGACUCUUACUUGACAACGGGUUCUAGAACCAGUGAUUUCAAGUUCGUGACAUCUUACAAUGACAACACGCUGCCUGUUGACCAGACUCUGAGCAAAAGCCCAACAGACUUCGUUGAUAAUUUUGAAGAUUCUGACGUGUCCCCGGAGGUAAAUUAUUCCCACAGUCAUAGCUUGUUUGAAGUGCUUUGCUUUCUGCAUUUUUCAAUCUUUUAA